CUCGCGGUCGAUACGCGUGCGGUGGGUGUCCGGCUUAAUACAGUUACAGAUGGUAUUUGCCUUUAAGAUGAUGUAAGACAUUAUUUCCCAGGAUGGUUUCUCCUAGUACCGCUCAAGCAACUUGAGUAGACGUUUUUUAAGCAGUGUACAACCGUCUUGGCUCCAUCAACAACCUAUUCACCCAGUGACAGAUACUUAAAAUCUUCCGAGAACAAAUAAGCAAUAACAUACCACAAGCUAAGGAUGGAGAAGAACAACUAAUUGCGUAGCCUACAUGUUAAAUUGACCAAAUCGAUGGGGACGGUAGCCUAUUGCGUCGUAUGAAUAAUGCUCUUUGUGAAGUUCCCUCAUCCCGUACCAGAUCAGUAAAAUCCAUCGCAUUCCGAAGGAGUUGAAAACGCUCCAGAUCGCCUACUCUGCUAAAACUGCUGAAGUAGCCAUUAACUUGGAGAUUUCUUAUCCAGGUUCAAAGUGAGGGGAUUUAGCUUACUUUUUUUGCUUGAACAAAGGUAGGACCUUGACAGAACACACCAAACGCCGGUUCGUUUGAUAACCCGAUUCAUAUUCACAAGCUAUUUCCUUACGAAAUAUUUGAAGGUUACAUUUCUAAAACUACUUCGUUUCUCUGGUGAUUUAGAAGCAGUGGUUGACGUCUUAAAGACCAAAAUAGCCUAAAGAUGUCAUGCAAAAUCGCCCAUUUCUAGCAAGUGUAAAUAAUUCAGUAAAUAGGCUAACCUUAGGCUAUAUCUAUGUAGGUUAGUAUUUCUCGUAAGUGAAAUCGUCUUUUUAUUUUUGAAAUGAGUUUGAAUUGAUAUGUAGGCUAGUAUCGUUUGUUAAAAAUAUUACGGAGGAAUGGAAUGUAGCCUAUAGGCUACUUCUCCAAAUAGACCAGCGCUAGGCAUUUUGUGUGUAGUUUGGAACAAUGGCAUUGAAUGAAAACUGCAGGACAUACCCGCCGCCCAAAGAAGGUCAGAAUAAUUUCCCCGACGUUGUUGAACUCAAUGUUGGGGGGCAGCUAUAUUCCACUCGCCGUGCCACUCUAAUUACCAUUUCCAAUUCACUGCUAGGAAGAAUAUUCUCUUCUAAGACAGAUCUUACCAGUGCCCUGCCGCGGGAUCCUAAAGGGCGCUACUUUAUCGACAGAGAUGGGUUUUUAUUUCGGUAUGUUUUGGACUACCUCAGAGACAAGCAGGUCGUCCUACCUGACCACUUUCCAGAAAGGGAGAGACUAAAGAGGGAGGCAGAAUACUUUCAGCUGCCGGAGUUUGUGAGAAUUUUGACCCCUGACGACUUGAAACAAAGUCCGGAUGACAAUUCCCAUAGUGAUUUCGAAGACGCUUCACAUGGGAGGAUAUGCCCUUCGUCGUCUUUUGUUUCAGAUGACAGAAAGUAUGGGUUCAUUACGGUCGGUUAUAGAGGUUCGUCGUGUACCACGGGCAGAGAAUUCCAGGCCGAAGCAAAGUUUAGACGGGUAUCCAGAAUUUUGAUUUGCGGGAGGAUUUCAUUGGUGACAGAGGUCUUCGAGGGGACCCUGAACGAGAGCCGGGACACUGACAGGCCGUACACCUCUCGGUUUUACCUCAAGUUCAAACAUCUGGAGAGAGCUUUUGACAUGCUAGCUGAAUGUGGAUUCCAUAUGGUUGCAUGUAAUUCGGCGGUGACAGCAUCAUUGGUCAGUCAUUGCACUGAUGGCAAUAUCUUGUCAAGUUACACAGAAUACGUCUUCUUUCGUGGGCCAUCACAGAGCUCAUCAACCCUUCACUUUGACUGCUGCUGCAAGAGCCACGGGGGUGACCUACAGGAGGAGAGUGGCACCUCUUUCAACGAGCUCUCUACCUCUUGCUCAGAGAGCCAAUCAGAGUCCAGCUCGCCCCACAGUACAGGGCUAAGCAGCCCAGUGAAACGACGCGCCAACUUACAGACACUGGACCGUCCGCCGAAGAAGGGGACUGUUCAGAUGCUGCAGCAGUCAGAGCUCCACAGGCUCCGCACAUUGACCGGAAGCUCAGGCGACACUACCGCCUACAGGAAGAAGCUGGCCCCAGAAAGGAUGAGCAUUGAGGAGGAGCUAGAGAAAUGCAUCCGGGACUUCCGCAGGAUCAAAAUCCCUGAUCAGUUCCCUGAAAGAAAGUAUGUGUGGCAAUCAGAGCUCCUCAGAAAGUAUCACCUCUGAUAAGACCAAUCGUCAGGCACAUGAACAGCAAGCAGAAACGUGUGCAGAUGUACUGUACUGUAUGUUUUUAUCUCAGACUUCUCUCUCAGGCAUAAGAAUGCUCGAAAAACAAAACUACAUUUUUUAUAUGGCAUAUUGUACCAUGUAAAAGCACAAUCUAUGGCUUCCAGCAUUACUGACUCAGUACAGUUAAUGUCUAGCAUUGAAAAGUUACAAUAUUCAUGUUUGAGUUUACAUGAGUUUCCCAUGAGUUUCUUCUGUACCUUCUAAUGCCUAUAAGCACUAUGGGAUUAUUCAUGUAACUCAGGGGACUAGCUUAUAUUUACCAUUUCUAUUUCCUCUUUCAAUUCUGGUGCAGACAAACAUUAUAGAACUGUCCUUAAAAACAUAUGACACUGCAAACUGCAGGUGACUUUUAUACUCUACCCUGUGGUGAUGCCUGCAACAGUUAGCACUGAUACAGUCAAGAUAAGACAUGAGACCAGUGCAUCCAGUGGUUUUAGCAGUGUAGCUCACCUGGAAGCCCCCUCGACCAUGCAUUCUGUGGAAAUAUAUGGCAAGUUUGUGAAUUGGUAGUCAAAUAUGUAUUCAUUGUUUAUAUAAGAGUGCAGACUUAUUAAAGCACUAAAAAACAUUUUAUACCUAUGUGGAGAGAUCAAGAAAUUUCCAGUUAAUCUCACCAGAGGUGGAAAGUCCAGGGGUCAGAAAGUAAAACUCCUGCCAUGCGUUCCAUCCACCCAGGAACUCAGCCAGCUGGUUUCAUUAAUUAGUUCUGGCUGCUGGCUGAAGAAUUGUGCUAAUUAGCAAAUUUGGGGACUGGAACAAAAUACUGGGGAGGACUUUUACUUUCUGAACCCAAAUUUUCCACCUCUGAAUCUCACAAAUUUUAUGAAUCAAGAUAUUUAUUUAUUUGCCUCUAUAGGAUAUUUUAUUUCUGUUUUUCAAAAGAGUACAAUCCUGGACACUGAGAAUAAUUACAAGCAAAAAUGACAUGUAUUCAUUAAAAUCACAAUGAAAGUAAAUCUUUCCUGCUGGCAGACAUUACCAGUGAGAUCUAUGGCCUCAAGCAUGUGAAAGUCUCUCCAGUCCUGGGGGAUGUGUGCCAGAAAUCCUAUACUGUACUGUACCCUAAAGUCUUACAGUAAAUGCAAAGAGGUAUUUCCCAACACAACACAGGUUCAGUAUUAAAAAACUAUAUAAUGAUGCAGAAAAUAAUAAUAAUAAUAAUAAUAAUGUAAUAAAUGCACAUAUUCAAUAAAAUUGUCUGUUCAGGUAUUCAGUCUAAUAUUUGGUACGAAGUAGACACAAUGGCCGUUUAUUGUCCAAUAUACAUAUACUAUAUGCAGACCUGCCAACCUGCACGCAUUUUGUGUACCAACCACGCAAUUCUUGGUCAAAAUACGCAGGUACGAAAUGCCAGCUGAAACUACGCAAAUAUAUAUAUAUAUAUAUAUAUAUAUAUAUAUAUAUACAUAUAUAUAUAUAUAUUAUUGUCAUUUAUUUACGGAAAACAAUCAAUCAAUACAAAACAAUACCGUACAUUUAUUCGGCAUUUAAACUACAUCACUCGGAUUGGACCAGAUGCUACUACCUUGUGGUUCUGUAACCCCUCCCCGACCCACUCUCACUCAACAUCCACUGAUACUCAGCGGUACUUAUUUAUCCACCGAGGCGUAACGCUGCAUUGCUAUUACAAUGGGAAGUGGGGAAGUAAUAAUCAAGCACAAAAAAUGUGACCGUAAUGUUAACAUAAAACGUUAAAACAUGUUCGGUAACUUUACAAGAUGAUGCAUUUCUAGGGGUAUAUACUAAUGAGAUAAAUUUGUAUAUAUAGUUAGCCGUAGUAGCUCGCAUACGAUGUGAUUAGCCUCGUUACGAGACGGCUACGAUGUGAAUAACUAAUAGAGUAAUUUAGUUGCAGUAAUUCAAACGCCACGGAGACUCCCUGUUCUAACUUUUUCGCGCACGCUCUGUUGGAGCAAAGUGACCAUUGCAACCAUUUUGCAGCACCAGCCUUGCAGUUAGAAAAUAAUCAUGACCUCAGAUGACGAGGAUACAGACAAGGAGAGAGAGAGAGAGAGCAGCAGGGAGCAAAGAAGUGAGUCCAUGCUCCCCAGAAGUUCCUCGCAAAAUAUCAGGAGCAAUGGCCGUGCCCCCGCCCCUCAAAACUUCCGCACCAUGCAUUUUGCACAUUGUGCAAUUAUGAUUUUGACAUUAGCCACCAAGGAG